AGUUUUCCCAGCCUUUGUAGGAUUUUAAAUUCAAUAUCUAUAAGAUGUAAAUUGUUCCAGAUUCCCUGAGCUGUGUCUGCAAGAAUCGUGUGGCCUGGCUGUUACCUUGCUCAUGAUAGUCCACUAAAAUUUAGGCACAGAAUAAUAUUUAGUUUUGUCGUUCUAUUUCCAAUGGAAUGUUCCCUAGGAGUCUUACAAAGUGACUGUUGAGGCCAGAAUGUUGACUCUUCCAGAACAGGUGAGCUAAAUCUGUCAUGAGGUGAAUGAAUGGAGCCCAUUUUUAAAUGUUUAUAGCCAGCCCAUUUUCCAUUCUAGAGAAGCCAGGAUUGCAAGAUUAGCCAAACCAGUAAUAGAUCAGGCCGUGUAGCACCCAGGCUCAGCUUAUAGAGAAGUUAGCAGAAGCAAACACCUGGUAUAACUGUUAGUAUUCUACCCUUCCUCUCCCUCCUUUCUUUGCACAAACUUGUAACCCUCUUCUCCAGGUGUCCUUCACUGGGAGGAUGUUACAGGCCAGCUUUACUUAGAAGACAAUAAAAUUUGGGAGCACAGUCAGCUAGUUUGAAAGGAUUAUAUGCCUGUGGAAAUGACGCCACUAGCUAAGUUUCUCAAUGGGGUAUUUGUAAUGGCCUGGCACUUCAUUGGUCUUUUUGUUAACAUUGCUACUAAGCCUUUGUAUGAAAAACCAGCAGUCCUUGUACUUUUUAUUUUGUGGCAUUAGCCGUAUUUGAGUCAGUAACUGGGAUGAAAGGGAGGGUAAGGUAUUAGGGUUCAGGGACACACACACACUCCCACCUUUUCUCUCUCUAAUAUCCUUCAAUAUGAUCAUCUUUCCUGCCUUUGAAUGGUAGACCAUACUUGAAGAUAAAAGCUGAUGACCACACAAGUAUCCAGAGGAAGCUUACUAUUUCUGCUGGCAUUUAAAUUUCAUUGAAUUUUGUUCCCUUGAAACAUAGACCUUUAAAUUUGGGUGUAUUAGUACAGCUUUUAAUUUACAUUUUAAAAGAUAUUUUCAAGUUAAAUUUUACCCAGGAUCUCUUAGGUUUUCCAGGACAGUAGCUAGUUUCAAUUUAUAAAAGGCUUCUUUUCUGUGAUCAUAGGUCCCUUUAUGGAGGCUGAGACCUGAUUGUAGUCCUGCUAGCAGUCAUCUUUACUCCUGUUUUGGCUAGUAUCUACAUAUUUCCUGAGCUGACCAAGGGCAGCAGGGCCAGUCUGCAGGAGUAGUCCUGUUCUGAACAUUAACCCUCCACUGAGUGAAGAGAUGUUGCCUCCUGGGGAGUGGAUGUGUCACCGGUGCACUGUUCGUCGAAAGAAGCGAGAGCAGAAAAAGGAGCUGGGCCAUGUUAAUGGACUGGUGGACAAAUCCGGCAAACGGACUACAUCCCCCAGCAGUGACACUGACUUGUUGGACAGAUCAGCUAGCAAAACUGAACUCAAGGCUAUUGCCCAUGCCCGGAUCCUGGAGAGGAGAGUCAGCCGGCCUGGCACACCCACAUCCAAUGCCAGCACAGAGACCCCCACCUCUGAGCAGAACGACGUUGACGAGGACAUCAUUGAUGUGGAUGAGGAGCCAGUGGCAGCAGAGCCAGACUAUGUGCAACCCCAGCUAAGGCGGCCCUUUGAGCUGCUGAUUGCUGCCGCCAUGGAGCGGAACCCCACCCAAUUCCAGUUGCCCAAUGAACUGACUUGUACCACUGCACUACCAGGUUCUAGCAAAAGAAGAAGAAAAGAGGAAACCACAGGGAAAAAUGUUAAGAAGACCCAGCAUGAGUUAGAUCAUAAUGGUCUUGUUCCCUUACCCGUCAAAGUCUGCUUCACAUGUAACAGGAGUUGUCGUGUGGCCCCUCUCAUCCAGUGUGACUAUUGUCCCCUUCUGUUCCACAUGGACUGCCUCGAGCCACCACUCACUGCCAUGCCCCUGGGCAGAUGGAUGUGUCCAAAUCACAUCGAACAUGUGGUGCUGAACCAAAAGAAUAUGACACUGAGUAAUCGGUGCCAGGUGUUUGACCGUUUCCAGGACACCAUUUCACAGCACGUCAUCAAAGUGGACUUCCUGAACCGAAUUCACAAGAAGCACCCUCCUAACCGCCGCGUGCUCCAGUCGGUCAAAAGAAGAAGCUUGAAGGUUCCUGAUGCUAUAAAAUCUCAGUACCAGUUUCCACCCCCACUCAUUGCACCCGCGGCCAUUCGGGAUGGGGAGCUGAUCUGCAAUGGGAUCCCUGAGGAAUCACAGAUGCACCUUUUGAACUCUGAGCACUUAGCCACCCAGGCAGAGCAGCAAGAGUGGCUCUGUAGUGUUGUUGCGCUCCAGUGCAGCAUAUUGAAACAUUUAUCUGCUAAGCAGAUGCCUUCGCAUUGGGACUCUGAACAGACAGAGAAGGCUGAUAUUAAGCCUGUUAUUGUGACUGACAGCUCAAUCACCACCUCCCUGCAAACAGCUGACAAGACACCUACUACACCUUCCCACUACCCCUUGUCCUGCCCCUCAGGGAUUAGCACCCAGAAUUCCCUGAGCUGCUCUCCACCCCACCAACCCCCAGCCCUAGAGGACAUCAGCUGCAGUUCUUGUGCGGAAAAAUCCAAGAAAGCCCCCUGUGGGACUGCCAACGGGCCAGUGAACACAGAGGUGAAAGCUAAUGGCCCACACCUCUACAGCAGCCCCACUGAUUCCACGGACCCCCGGCGACUUCCAGGCGCUAACACCCCCCUACCAGGCCUCUCCCAUCGGCAAGGCUGGCCCCGGCCCCUCACGCCACCAGCGGCUGGGGGGCUCCAGAACCACACCGUCGGCAUCAUUGUGAAGACAGAGAAUGCCAUUGGCCCCAGCUCUUGCCCCCAGAGGAGUUUGGUUCCUGUCCCAAGCCUGCCCCCUUCCAUUCCCAGCUCUUGUGCCAGCAUCGAGAACACCAGCACUUUGCAAAGAAAGACUGUCCAAUCACAGAUAGGACCUCCGUCGACAGAUUCAAGGCCACUGGGCUCACCCCCAAAUGCCACCCGGGUGCUCACUCCCCCCCAAGCAGCAGGAGACGGUAUCUUGGCCACAGGAGCCAACCAACUAUUCUGCUCACCAGCGCCAUCUUCAGAUGGCAAGGUCAGCCCCGGCACGUUAUCCAUAGGAAGCGCUUUAACCGUACCCUCUUUCCCAGCCAACUCUACUGCCAUGGUGGACCUCACCAACUCACUCCGAGCAUUUAUGGACGUCAAUGGAGAAAUCGAGAUAAAUAUGCUGGACGAGAAGCUGAUCAAGUUUCUGGCCUUGCAGAGAAUACAUCAGCUUUUCCCCUCCCGGGUCCAAACUUCACCGGGCAGUGUCGGGGCACAUCCACUGGCUUCUGGAGGGCACCACACAGAAGUGCAAAGAAAGGAGGUACAGGCCCGAGCUGUGUUCUACCCUCUCUUAGGGUUGGGAGGAGCUGUGAACAUGUGCUAUCGAACCCUCUACAUCGGGACAGGAGCUGACAUGGACGUGUGCCUUACAAACUAUGGUCACUGUAACUAUGUGUCCGGGAAACACGCCUGCAUAUUCUACGAUGAGAAUACCAAACAUUAUGAGCUGUUAAACUACAGUGAGCACGGGACAACGGUGGACAAUGUGCUGUAUUCAUGUGACUUCUCUGAGAAGACCCCGCCAACCCCCCCAAGCAGUAUUGUUGCCAAAGUGCAGAGUGUCAUCAGGCGCCGCAGGCACCAGAAACAGGAUGAAGAGCCAAGUGAGGAGGCAGCCAUGAUGAGUUCCCAGGCCCAGGGGCCGCAGCGGAGACCCUGCAACUGCAAAGCCAGCAGCUCGAGCUUGAUUGGGGGCAGUGGGGCCGGCUGGGAAGGCACGGCCUUACUGCACCAUGGCAGCUACAUCAAGCUGGGGUGUCUGCAGUUUGUCUUCAGCAUCACUGAGUUUGCGACCAAACAGCCCAAAGGCGAUGCCAGCCUGCUACAAGAUGGGGUCUUGGCCGAGAAGCUCUCUCUCAAGCCCCACCAGGGCCCUGUGCUGCGCUCCAACUCGGUUCCCUAGGACUGGCGGCCACCCUAUCACCCGCCUGUCCACCCGACCCAAGAUUCCUGCAAUGCAAAAAUGUACACAAACCAAGCCCGGGGUUUUUUUCUAUACUCCACCAGAAACCCUUCAACUACAAUCUUUGCAUGACAUGAAGAAAACUUUUGACUUUUUUAAAAAUUCUUUUUCUUUUCUCAAGUUCUAGGGGGCAUUUGCACAUAUAUUUGUACUCAACAUUUCAUGGGAAAGCGGCAGACCCGAGCUGAGGAACAGCGUGGGCAGGGAGGGGAAGGCCAAUGGUCUGGACACUUCCUCCAACACAAAAUCGUUCCCCACCCACCUGCUCCCUCCCCCUCGCCCGCCGUUGUAAAAUAAUCAGAAACUUGUUCUAUUUUGUGGCAGUGACAAUAGUUUUAUAUUAAAAGAAAAAAAUACAGUUUUCAUACAGCAAAAUCUAUACAAUAUCAUUGUUUUAUUUAAUAUAAAGAUCGCUACCCACCCUCCUUCCAUGGUUCCCACCCUCCAAGUUAUUUUCCCUUUCUGCAGCGGUUGCACUACAGGUAGCUACUGUGUAUUAUGGACAAUUGAGAAAUGAAUCCUUUUUCUGACUGUCCAUCUAUUUUAUUUCAAAUAAGGAAAAGUGUAUUUGGAUUUUGUGUAAAUACAUCUAGUGAUGACAUUUUUUCAAUGUUUUUAAAAACUGUGUACAGUACUACAUGUGGUAGAACGUUUUCUUCAAAUUGUCUAUUGUAGCAAAAAUGUUUUUGUCGUAAACCUGUUUUGUCUCCUUUUUUUGUUCUCUUGCCACUUCUCUUCCUCCCAUCCCUGGCUCCCUCUUUUCCCACCCACAACCAGUACCAAUGUACAUAGUAAUUGUAAUGUUUUAGACUUUACAGAAACUUUCCUGUAUUCUGUAUAUAAAAAAACAAAAAUACUUC